UGUCCAAGUUAAACGGUUGUUUAAACAGCAGAGCGAAAAGACGAGUUUUAUUGACAGUUUUUAGUGUCUCGUCUUCAGUUUGUUUCCAUAUGAACCGAUGAUGUUUUCGCGGUGUUCAGGCUAAUUUCUUAACUUUAACAGAAGAUACUUCUCAACGUCCGUUUGUUUUGGGGUCCACUCUCGAGACGCCGGACAGAUGAGAGGAAGAGGAGCACAGCCUUCAUCAUCAUCUUCAGGUAAACCAGUCACUCAGGAUCAGACCAGGAUGGCUCUGAGGAAGCAAACAGCCAAGGAUGUGAGUGACGUUCCCUCUGAGAGCCGACAGAUCGACGAGGACACGCAGGAGGACGAAGCCAUUGACGACGCAGACGCCAAGGUAGAGAGCUGUGAGGACGAGCUCUCAUCAUCUCUUCUGUCGCCGGCAUCAGCGAGACAAAAACGCAUGAGAGAGAGGGAAAACAAAUCAAAAACCAAAGAGAUGACAGAGGAGGAGAUGAUGGACCUGGCCUUACGUCUGAGUGAACAGGAAGCCAGUAACACGGCGCUCAGGCUGCAGCAGGAAGAGGAGGCCAUGAUGAAAGCCAUCCAGGAGAGCAUGGUCGGCCAGACGCAGCAGUGCCCGCCGUCCCAAAGUCAAAGCCUCCUCGCCGAAGCCUCGCUCAGGCUCUGCCCUCGACGGAAACUCCUGUACUCAAACGGGAAGAGGACGUCGGCCGUGGAUCAGGGAGCGUCAGAGGAGACAGACCUGAACCGAGACGUGAAAGGAACUGGAAGUGAAAAUAACAACAGGAAUAAAAAGCGGAGAAGGAAAGAAGGAAGUCCUCUGCUGGAGAUGCCGGACUUGUCUCAGACUCAGGCUUCACCCUGCAGCUCAGAGUCAGAGUUAGUGCUGCUGGACUCUCCACAGAGCUCCGAUUCGACUCAGAUCGACGACUGUCAGCUCCGUAAAUCCCCCGUCUUCCCGUUGACCGGCUGCAGAGCCGAGGUCCACGUCCCCCGGUUGAACCAAGGCCUUCUGGAAACCUGCAGAACCUCAGGGUUUGUGUUGUGCUCUCAGGACAGUCAGACCUCAACCCAGAAGCCACUGCCUGCUCAGCCCAAGAGCCCGACGUUUCCCAAAAGCCCCGGUCACCUCACAGUGUGUCCUAAAAGUCCUGACUUCUCAGAGACCAAUCAGGGCGACGAUGCAGAGACACAGCUGAGUCCUGAGUAUCUUAAAAGUCCCGUAUUCGGCCGGAGUACUCGGUCUGAGACGUCUCCAAGUGCCUGCAAACCGCAAGUCUGCAACACAACCUGUGAAAACUCAGGGUUCACGUUCACCUCUCAGGAGAGUUUAACCUCCACCGUCAGGUCCACGUCCUGUCAGCCCAAGAGCCCGGUGUUCCCGAGAAGCCCCGGUCGUCCUGAGGACCCCCUUCCUCCGUCAGUCCGCAAAAGCUCUGUACUCCCAAAGACUGACCGAGGACCAACUGAGGAGAGUCAGGGUCGCUCUGCCAGCCCGGUGUUUGGCAGGACAGGACGACAACUGAAGACUCAUCUCAACAAGGAGAAGGUUCCCGCCGCCAUCAGGGAUCCUGCUCAGAGUCUGACACAGGACAACAAGAUCGAUCGCAAUCAAGUCAGCAGCCUUAACAAGACUAAUACGUCGUCAGAUGACGAUGUACAGGAGCUGAACGCGACAUCUAAAGACUGUAACUCUUUAGAGGAGACGGAGCUGACCAGUGAUAUGACGCUGCUCUGGUCGGACGAGGACGAGGACGUCACGCCGGUGGGUUCUCCGAGCCCGGUCUUUCCAGAGGAGAGACCCGUCCAUCAGGCCGACAGUCGGGCUGCAUCUUUGAAUCACAUAACAGCAGCUUCUCCAGGGACGAACUGCAGCCUCAGGUGCGUCUCACGCCGGAGUCUCAGCACGUUAAACAACCGGAGCCCAAACAAAGACGUCUCGCCCGGACCUUCUUCCUCUUCUGCGUCUACCUGUGGACAGCAGCAUCAGGGGGCGGUGAGAAGGGCGGCGGCCCCACCUGGGGAACCUGCAGGCGGGCCAAUGGUCCACUACUACUGGGGGGUUCCCUUCUGUCCACGAGGCCUGGACCCAGACGCCUACACACAGGUGAUCCUGGCUCAGAUGGACGUGUACAACAAGAGUCUGAAGCAGGCUCAGAGGUGUCUGCUGAGGAAGGCUGAGUGGGGGGAGGCCAUCCUGCCCCAACCAGAGAAAUCUCCUUCACUUGAAUCUCCUGCUGAAUCACCUGAACACCACGUUCCUCGAAGACGUGGUCUCCGACUCAGAGGCAAAAAACUGUGUGACGCAGACGAGGAAGAAGAGGAGAGGAAGGAUGGAGAGGAAGAGCAAGAAGAGAGAGAGAAAGAGAAGGAAAAAGAAGAGGAGAAUAAUGAGGAAGGAGAGAUACAGGUGGAUACCGACGACUGUGAGGUUUGUCCAGAAACUCAACUGAGCAACAAUGACGACGACGACACGCAAGAUCUGACGAUGGCCGUCGACGCCGGAGUCGUGCCCCGAAUUGAAAGUCCAGACCUCCCCGAGGUCGAGAUGAUUCUCCGAGACGAUUCUCCAGCCGGGGCCAAGCCGCCACAUCAGGAGCAGCAGGAGCAGGAGGAGGAGAUGGAGGUGGACGCUCCGGUGGAUGGAAAGACGGAGGGAAACGUCCCCGUCAGCGGCGACGACAUGAGAGCAGAGGAGGCAGCGGAGGACGGGGAGGACCCAGACGUGGAGGAGAUAAAGGACGGAGGGCUGAAGAGGUCAACAUCUCCGGAGCUGGAACUCCCGGCCUCCGUCAGAGUUCCUCAGAGUCCUGAAGCUAAGGUGGACUGUCCCAUCUGUCAGGGAUCGUUCCCCGUGACGAAGAUCGAGCUGCACGCCGCGUACUGCGAUGGAGAGGUGGCCGUCGUGGAUGAGAGGAGGCCCGACUGUUUCCAAGUGUCUCUGAAGCCUCGUAGGAAGAGAACGAGGAGAUUAGAGUUUACAGAAGAGACAAACGGGUCAUCUAACUCUGGCAAGAACCAGGAGAAGUGUUACAUCUGUCAGAAAGCAGUUCCUUUAAGAGACUACAGCCGACACACCGAGCUCUGCAUCCAACGCCAGGCGUCAAAGACCGAAGCGAAAGGAAACUUGCUGUCAGCUCUGGACCAAACGGAAAACAGGGAUUCAGAGGCCGGGCCGUCCGGAUCUAAACUCCAGCCGAGAGAGGUCAUUGAUCUGCGAGAUGAUGAUGAUGAUGAUGAGGAGGAGGGUGAAGAGGAGGGUGGUGUUUCAGGAUUGAGGGUCAGCAACUCUCCCAUCAGGUCCUUCACUCCGAUCUCAGAGGCCACCGGCUGCCUUAUUGACUUCAAAAAACAGCAGCGAGCCAAGAAGCCGAGCCAAAGACGAAGAUGAGGACGAGGACGACCUCUUGAAAAGCGGUGGUACUGACCGAAAAUACUGGAAACCAGAGCCUUAACUAAAAGACCUAAAGAGUCAACAGGUUACAGGCAACUACACUUUGUUCCUGAUGUCAAACUCUGGAUAUUUAUGCAGGUGAAUGUGUGAACUCUCACAUCUGAAACCCGAUGACGACUCUUUUCUGUGCCACUAAACGUUUUGUAUAUUUACGUUUGUUUGUGUUGAAGAUGUUUCAGACUACCUCUCCUUGUAUCGAAACAUUUCCUCUUUGUUAUUGUAGCAUUCCUUUAAAGUCUUUGAGUUUAUAGCUCGUUAAGUUCAGACGUAACUUUACUGCCCCAUCAGCACCGAAAAUGAGAAGUGAAGCUAGCUGUUAGCAGCCAUGCUAGCUUGUGGGGAUGAGACCACUUUGGUCUUAGGUAUCUCAACAACUAUUGGACAGAUUACUGUGAUAUUUUUUAUAUACUCUUAUGGCCCCCAGAGGAUGAACCCUACUAACUUUGGUAAACCGCUGACUUAAACUGCCUCUUGCGUCCCCUGCAGCUCAAAAUACCUAAAACUAAAUGACCAAAUUCAUCCUCAUCCUGCACUUCAGUGUAAACACAAUACGCCGAAUAUAAGCCUGAUGCUAAUAAUAUGCUCAUUUGUCGGUAUGCUAGCGUUAAAAUGUGACACUAGGAUGUUGCACAAACAUCCUAAAUCUAUAAAUUUACAGUGCUAAUUGUAUAAAUGUUCACAUGCUGAAUUUUUUGCAAAUUUUGUUUUCGUUAAAACGCCCACAACUUUUGAUUUUGAUGUGCGCAUCAGAAAUAACACGCACAAACAGGUGACUGCGAUGGUCACACACCAAAAUAUCCAUCGACUGCUUUGCUAACUUGACUUAAAAAUGAACAGUUUACUUUCUUGUAUGUUCCCCCCACUGCCGACAAGUCCUCCCUCCUCGGCCACUAUUUUUGCAAGUUUGAGAACACGUUCAUGGUCCCUCCCUCCCCUUCCACAUUGUAGCCAAGAUGGCGACCGUCGAGGGCGAGAAGAUCGCUUACAUACGUUAAUUCUCCAGAAAAAGUGUUAGUGUGUUUGAGGAAAAAAUAGCAGACAACAAGCACUUGAAAUAUUUAUUAGAGCUGCAGCUGCUUAUGCUGAUUAUUUUUGGCUGAACUGCAACAAAAAAUGUCCAUGACUGAUUGAGUGAGUGAUCAGGUUUCACCAUUGGUCGACCGGCUGUUCGGACUCUUCCCACUGGCCGUCACUUUGUCAAAAUGAUUUUGUGUGAACAGUUUCUUUUGCAUCAUCAGGGCGCGAGUCAAGUCGCAUUUUGACAGAAACAGUUUUAAAGUAUAUUGAUGUCAUGAACAAAAUUACCCCCAAUGAGUAAAGGCCUUAAAGCUGUAUUACGGCCAGUUCGUUGUUUUUAGCCGCGUUUCAUUUUCGUUUCCAGCUUCAUGACUCGAUCGGAGAAAGUGGAAAAAAAAGCUCAGAAUGUAAAAUCUGGUGAGAAUCAGAUCCUCUGUUUGAAACUCUGAAGAAAGCUUUUGUGCUUUUUCUUGUUUCCUGGCAAAUGUUCACAUUUCUUAGCACAUAAACGGGAGUCAGAGCCUUUUCUCAAUCCUCCUCCAGCCUGUACAGCACGUCUUCAGGCUGAGUUUCCUCUUUAGACUUCCUGGAUCACUGUGUUUAGAGGGAGUUUGCAUCUGUCACUGUCCUGAUUAAUCAUUUUGUUCUUGACUUGUUUUCUUUGUGGACCAUUUUUAUCACUUUCAGACCAAAACGCAGCAGGAAAAUAUCUCAUUCUGCAGAGAUACAGUUUACUGCUUUCUCCCCACUUGGCCUUGAUACUGUAUCAGCACUUUAGACUGAGAGUUUGUUUUGAAUUAGCAGAAGUAAAGUCACUGUAAUACACUGAAAAAA